AUGCCGGCCGAGACCCUGCGCAAAGCCCUCCGGGCGGCCAGCACUUCAGGUUUGGCGACCGGUUUCGCAGCAAGCCGCCUGGACCUGCAGCUUCGCAGUGGCACCGCGGGUGUGGCCGUGCUCUACGGGGCCGUGAGCGUGCCGGGCCUCCUCAGCCUGGCGCCUUUGCUCCGCGAGGAGACGCAGGGGCGCGAGUCAUACGAGUCGUAUGAGUACCCGGCCCUCGUGCUGACUUCUGCGUUCGGGGCUGUCCUUUUCCCUUGGCUGUUGGAGGCCUGCCGCAGCGGCGCAGCACCCGGACUUGCUGGGGCAGGAGUUCCGUGCAUUCUCCUCGUGGUCUCCAAGCGGAUCUUCCUCUACGUCCUGGCCUUCUGGGGCGUCUUCGUCGCGGCCCGACGAUCAGUGCUGCUGCCUGCCUCGCUCGGGGAGCGGCUCGUGACGCUGACGGCGGAGCUGCUGGGCCUGGGCCCGGAGUUGCCAGCCGAGCUCAGGCAGGAAGCUGAUGAGCUCGAGCAGGAGCUGGACAGCCUCAGCGACACGCAGCAGGCUCUGGGCCUCCCGCUCCUGCUCGCCUUUUUCCGAACCAUGCUUGCAUCUCCGACGGCCUCGUGGGUCGUCGCCCAGCGCUCGCGCGGCUGUGGCGGGUUCCUGGCCGUCAUCUGCGUGGCCCUUGCGGCGCUGGCGCUGACCGUCUGUGUGAUGACGUUUGUGGAUUCCUCUGGUACGGGUCCAGACCCACCGCCUGCACCAGCGCCACCUCCAUCGCCUGUUCCAGUUUACAUGCCGGAAUGCACAGCGCAUGCGAAGUGCUCUGACUCCGGUCUCACGGGCAACUGCUGCCCAACUCCCGAAGGAGUGCUACUUGAGUGCUGUAGACCAAUCCCGUCCAAUGCUGCUCUAGCUCCGUUCCAUAGCAUGUGCUAUGCACCAACUCCUGCAAAGACCAUCACACAUCUUCCUACAGACGAUUACAUGGCUCAGUGGGCCCAGCCACUCUGGGGCAGCCCAGGGCGGGAUGAUUUGAGCGCGAUUCGCGCCAUGAACAUAGAUACCUUGCGACUCUAUGGCAACGAUCCCCGCUUGAAUCACAAGCGUUUCCUGAACCGAGCCUAUGAGCUGGGCAUCAGCGUGGUGGUGGCGAUCUCAGACUACCCAUACACGCAGGAUGAAACCGGCAAAUGUGCAACAGGAUUGCCAUACAACUGCUUCAACGAAAUAAGGUCGCAGUAUUCCGCCAUGCUCCGGAAUGGAUUUGCCGAGAAAGGGCCCGAUGGUCGCAUGUAUUACCAUCCGAGCAUCAAGGCAGUGAUCCUGAUCAACGAGCCGGAGUUGAAGAUCACCUACGACGGCACCAUCGCGAAGGAGGCCUGGAGCGAAGGGUAUUAUGCCAAGGCCCUCCUCUCUGCGAUCGACGGCGCUCUGGCUGCCGAAGAGGACAUGCGCCUCCAUGGGCGCCUGCCGCCCUUCACUGUCGUCCACUCGUUUGCCACCUGCCCGACCUGCAAGUCCAACGUUGCAGGCAACAAAGCCGGAGAGGUGCAGGUCGGAACGCUUGCUUCUCUGGGCUUUAUGUACGACUUCGUGGUGGGAAUGCUCUCGCCAAGCGUGUACAACUACGCCCCACACCAUGACCUGCGGGCCGCAUUGCAGCACCGUUUCCUUCUGGGCUUUAACACGCAAGACAUCACAGAUACCAUCUGCGAGCAGGUGCUGCAGCCUUUAAAAAGCACGCCACUUUCAGGUAUGCCGAUUUGGGCUGGCGAGUACAAGGCCUGGUACCAGUCAGAGAAGAAGAACCCGAUUAGCGACUUCCAAUCCGACUACGGGAAAAUUGCCUCGUGGGUUGGCUCCAGCAGUUGUGGUGGUGCUGGUGCCAACCUGACAGGCGUCUCCAUUUUCGAGUUCCAGGUGUCGUACUUCAAGGGUACUGAGGACCAUCAGAUGGACUUCGGUAUCUAUGAGCUCGGCAAGAAGCAGAUAGCAACCACCCCGAAAACUGAAGAGACAAGCUGGCAGCAGUAUCCCGUCUGGUGCCUGCACAAGAAGCGCAACAACGCCGGCGACAGCUGGGUCGAUGCAGUGGCAAAGGUCUUGGGGGGCACGGCCCUGAGUGACUCGGACUGCUCAGACAAAGAGCUGACCUUUCAGGCAUGUGCAGAGCAGAACCAUCAUUUUGCCAUCUUGAAGAAGGAAGCCGAUUUCAGCCACCCCCUUCUCUGUGUCUUGCUGGCGGGUUCUCUGGCUCUCCUGUCCCUGCAGGGCCAAGGCGGCCAAGGCGGCCAAGGCUCCGUGUCCCAGGCUCUGAUGCUUGGGACCUUGGUCUCCAACGGAGCCUUCGCCUUCCUGGCCACCAAGGGAGAGGUCAAGGCAGCGCUGGAGAGUUGGAGCGUGGAGGAGAAAUCGGUCGGCAUCCUGGCAGCAGGCUUGGCAGUUGCCGGCACCUUGGUGGCCUUCCUCCUCCCUUUGUCAUGGGCCUGGCCUGUGCAGAACGUCGUCAACUUGUGCAUUGCCAUCACGGCAUCGCGGGCCCUGGCAUUGCCGCGUUUCCAGACCAUCGCACUGCUGCUGUUCGGUGUAGCAGCGUACGAUGUGCUGAGUACCUUGGGACCCCUUCUGGCAGCCCAGCUCCUUGGAGCAGGUGGCGCUGUCAAAGCUUGGGACUACGGGAAGCCUGCUUCCGACCUGGAGGUGGGACUGUGGGACCAGUGCAAGGUUGAACAUCUUGCAGCAGUGUUAUGUGGUCUUUGCUUGGAAGAUGGCAUUCCCGAAGCAGAUAGAUAUUUCUUGCAAGACAAUCAAGGUGCUGACAUCCCGGUUGGAUUUGUGGAAGCCGACUGGGCUUCGGCGCAGCUGUUGACACAGUUUGCUCAAAUUGUAACCGCAGAAGUCUUGGGGUAUCGCACUUACGUCCAUUCUGUGAGAGCUUCCGGGUCUUGGACGGCCCUCUAUGCUUUGGUGGGCUGUCGCGACUUUAAUUUGGGAGAAGCCAGCCUGGAUGGCUGCGGCGAGGAGACGAGGAUCCAUGUGGCGCUGGACCUCUACACCUCGGCCUUGCAAGAUGCUCCUGUCACUCUCGAGAGGCUGUUCCCACAGUACGCCCCGGUAAGUCUUGGAGGGAUUGGCUUCGUGGGUGAGGAGUACCUCUUCGUGAAGCGUGAGGUCCAAGACGUUGCCUAUCAAUCUGCAGGGUUGACCCUGGACUACCACCGUACAUACAACGCAAGCCUCUCCCACGCCAGCGCCGUGCGGGCCCUGUUCGACAGUAUCGAAGACGUGCUCUUGCCCGAUUUGGUUGCAUGCGACACGGCCGGGACGAACUGGGUGCACCAUGGAAGGCUUGCUGAAUAUGUUAAAUGGUCUGGUGACACUGCCGGGGUCCGGGAGGUUCCUGGAGAUGAAGGCCCGAACUACGUGGCAAAAUGUCACGGCAACCACUGGUGGCCGUCCCCAGCCUGCCGGCACGAUACCUCCCAAUGCAUUCCGCUCCUGACGAGUGGCAGCUAUGGCUGGCUGCUUCCAUCCUUUAUGCAUCGCUCGGCUGCAUAUGCUCUCCCUGUUGCCAUUGGCAUCGUCGAUGACUUUGACAGGUACGUGUACUAUGUUGAGAACCUAAAGGUGCUCUUCUACUGGUGGCUGCCUGAUGGGACCUUUGUUUCCAUGAACCCGGAGGCUAUCCUCUUCCCCCGCUUCAGUGCGGCAGAAUGGGAAGCAGGGAACCGAAGGACCGCACCUGCGUCCACCCAGAUCCUGAAAAUGGUCAGCGCCGAUUUAGAACAGAAGAGUCCGCUGAUGCAUGCGAUGCUAAGCGACUUGACCUUUGACCGAGAUGAUGUCCAAGAAGCUAUUGGCCAGAUGCAGGCUGGAAACAGCACCUACGAGGUAGCCUGCAAUUGGCUACGAAGGGACACCAGCUGGCGGCAAGUCGUCCCUCUGCGCACCCAAUGCACUGCGGGUGCUGGAGUUGUCGACAAAGAAGGCCUGUUCCUGCCGUCCCGCACGAGGGCAGCGGAGUGCAAGAUGUGCCCCGCAGGGACAUUUUCAGAGGCCUUCGAUGACAGCAGCGGAAGCACACGCCGCUGUGUCUUUUGUGAAAGCGGCCGUUAUCAGCCGCUGGCAGGUGAGACAGUGUGUGUAGCUUGUGAGGCCGGCAAGAUUUCCGGCGUCAACGGCUCCACGGAAUGUGAGUUUUGCCCCCCGGGCUCCUUCGCUGACAGAAGCGGCCUCACAGAGUGCACAGAUUGUGGAGACGACAGGUGGACGACCAGCGAGUGCCUGAACACCUCCAGCGGCGAGAAGUGGAUUGCCGUACGUGGGGCACCCUCGCAGCGCCUCUGCCGCUGCAUCGCCGGGACUUACCUUAGUGACGGCCGGUGCCAGGACCUCUGGAGAUCAGUUACCGUCAACUCUGGGCGGUUCAGGGUUCGAAUGUCUUACUCCAGAGCCAGCAUCGGGGAAUGA